AUGAAGGCCCCUCUCGUCAUCCUGGCCGCCUUGGCCGGCCUCGCUUUCGCCGCUGAACCAGAGUUUGCCCAGUUCCCCGAAUGCGCCAGACCCUGCCUCUCAAGCGCGUACAAGACCAUCGGCUGCGGCGUGCACGACACCCCUUGCGGCUGCAAGGCGGAAAACCAAAAGAAGAUUCGUGACCACGCCACCAAGUGUGUCAUUGACGCCUGCGGCAUUUCCAAGGCCCUCAAGACCAAGAGCAUCGGCGAAAAGGCGUGCAAGGACUUCAAGAACUGA